UUUCUUCAGUGCAUACGUAUACAUACAGUGACACACUUUCAAGCCGCCGUGGAAAAUGGCGAUCACCGUCGCAUCUUGCUGGUUUAAUGCCGUCGCAUACGCCGGAACUUCAAGCUAUUCCGUCUCAUCUCAACAACGUUUAUUCGCAUCUUCACAAAUAUCUGCGACUCGUUUAGUCAUUCCAAAAGCUACUAGUCAAAGCAAAAAUCCGAAUAAACGAAUACCUAAUGAACGUCUUCAUAAAUCAUCUCCACCUGAGAAAGAAGUUAAUAUUCAAAAGAUUUCAAGAAGAUCACGGGAUGAAAGACAUUAUUUGAACGCUGAUGAUCAUAGCGGUUUAAAAAAUGCAGAACAACCUCAGUCAACGGCCUUCAAGUCAUUUGGUACACAGAGAAAAAAUGCCAAAGGAUUCAUGGGUAACUUGAAGGAUGAACAGGCUGAGACUGCUAAAAUUCAAGAUGCUUCUUUUCUUAAUGCUGUUGUGAAGGUUUAUUGUACUCAUACUGCACCUGAUUAUUCUCUCCCUUGGCAAAAGCAAAGACAAUAUACAAGUACAGGAAGUGCUUUCAUGAUUGGUGAUGGAAAGCUUUUGACAAAUGCUCAUUGUGUUGAACACAAUACACAAGUCAAAGUCAAGAGAAGGGGUGAUGAUACCAAGUACGUGGCUAAGGUAUUAGCUAAAGGUAUGGAAUGUGACAUUGCUUUGCUCUCAGUAGAAAAUGAGAAAUUUUGGGAAGGAGCUGAACCACUUCAGUUUGGCCAUUUGCCUCGUCUUCAGGAUCCAGUUACUGUUGUAGGCUAUCCACUUGGAGGAGACACCAUUUCAGUUACCAAGGGGGUUGUAUCUCGAAUAGAGGUUACGUCCUAUGCUCAUGGAUCAGCUGAACUGCUGGGCAUUCAAAUUGAUGCAGCAAUUAAUCCUGGUAAUAGUGGUGGUCCUGCUUUCAAUGAUCAGGGAGAAUGCAUCGGUGUCGCAUUUCAGGUGUAUAGGUCUGAUGAUACUGAGAACAUUGGGUACGUGAUUCCAUCAACGGUUGUGUCUCAUUUUUUGGAUGACUAUGAGAGAAAUGGGAAAUACACUGGUUUUCCUUCCCUUGGGAUAUUAUUGCAGAAGUUAGAGAAUCCAGCUUUACGGGCCUGCUUAAAAGUGCCAUCUAACGAGGGUGUGCUUGUUCGUCGUGUUGAACCAACUUCCGGUGCCAGUAGUGUCUUGAAAGAGGGAGAUGUAAUUGUAAGUUUUGAUGGUGUAGACGUUGGGUCAGAAGGGACCGUUCCAUUCCGAUCAACCGAGCGCAUUGCAUUCCGCUACCUCAUUAGUCAAAAAUUUACUGGUGAUAUAGCAGAGCUUGGUAUCAUCAGAGCAGGAGUUUCCAUGAAAGUUCAAACUGCUAUGAAUCCACGAGUUCAUUUGGUACCAUAUCAUAUCGAAGGGGGUCAGCCAUCAUAUAUCAUAGUAGCUGGCUUAGUUUUUACUCCUCUUUCAGAACCACUGAUAGACGAGGAAUGCGAAGACAGCAUAGGGUUAAAACUAUUGACAAAGGCACGGUACUCCAUGGCAAGGUUUAAAGGAGAGCAGAUCGUGAUCUUAUCACAGGUAUUAGCAAAUGAAGUUAAUAUUGGGUACGAGGAUAUGAGCAAUGAGCAGGUUCUGAAGUUCAAUGGAACUCGAAUAAAGAACAUUCACCAUCUUGCUCAUCUUGUUGAUACAUGCACGGACAAGUAUUUAGUUUUUGAAUUCGAAGACAAUUACCUUGCUGUUUUAGAAAGAGAAGCUUCUUCUGCUGCAUCAUCCUGCAUUCUUAAAGAUUACGGCAUACCAUCUGAGAGGUCUUCUGAUCUUCUGGAGCCAUACUUGGAUCCUGUUGGUGAAAACCAAGUGAUCGAACACCAUGAUCUUGGUGACAGUCCAGUAACAAAUUCAGAUUUUGGUUCUGAUGGGCUUCAAUGGGCUUGAUUUCUUUUCCUGGCCAAAAGCUGUCUUAACCCACAUACAGGUCAUCUGCAGCCAUUUUUUUAGGCUCGAGUGCAGCUCCGAACGUCGUUAAAAUGUUAUCACUUACAUUCAUGGACACUGAAACAGGGCUGUUUUUGAUAUUCUAUCAGAGAGAAUUAUAACUUCUUGGAGAUUUGUAGAAGUCACAGCUUUGCGUCCAACAAGGAAGUUGCAGCACUGAGUGUCCACCGGUAAGCAAAGCAAAUUGUUGUAUCUGUAUCCAAAGUUAGUUAUUGAUGAAUUUCAUUAUUUCAUCAUUUAUAGGAAAAGACACAAAAUUCAUUUAGUUCAGUUGACUCAUAAUCCCAAUUUUCAUUUGGGUUAAUUAAUUGAAACCAAAAUCCCAAUUUUGUGUGUA